AUGGCGUUAGGAACUGUAGUCCCUGUCAUCGGCGGCCUGCUCGUCGCAUUUCUGCUAUACGCCUUUCUCUUUAUCGGCCGCCGCGAGAAAGGCCUCCCUCCUGGCCCGCCCACCGCACCAAUUAUCGGAAACAUCCAUCAGAUCCCUACCAAAGGAUCUUACCUGACUUUCACAGAAUGGUCCAAGACUUAUGGCGGCAUCUUCUCCCUCAAGCUUGGCCCUGGAACCGCCAUUGUCCUUACCUCUCGUCACCUGGUAAAACAACUGAUCGACAAGAAAUCAAACAUCUACAGCGACCGGCCCCACAGCUACGUCUCCCACAAUCUGAUCACCGGCGGCGACCAUGUCCUGAUCGCACAUUAUGGGAAAACUUGGCAAAGGUACAGAAAAGUGAUCCAUCAGCACUUCAUGGAAUCAAUCGUGAUGAAAGACCAUUUACCCUUGCAGCAAGCAGAAGCAAGUCAGCUGUUGAAAGAUUUCCUUGAGCGACCGGAUCAGCACAUGGAACACCCCAAGCGGUAUACCAACAGCAUUGCAUGCGCCACCAUCUGGGGCGUGAGAUCUCCCACAGUGGACACUCCCCAUAUGAACCGUCUCUACGAAUUGAUGGAGAAUUGGUCCGUGGUCAUGGAACCGGGCAACACCCCUCCGGUCGACAUCUUCCCCUUCCUCCACUAUGUUCCCGAACGGCUUUUUGGGAACUGGCGCUCGCGAGCCAAAGAUGUUGGAAAGGCGAUGAACGACCUGUAUAGCGAUAUGUUAUCCGGUCUCGAGAAGCGUAGGGAAGCAGUGGGCAGUAAGUACUCCUUCAUGGACAGAGUCCUCGAUCAAAAGGAGAAACUUGAAUUGAACCGGCAUCAACUCUACUUCCUGGGAGGCACCAUGAUGGAAGGAGCAAGUGAUACUUCUUCGAGUAUCAUUAUUGCGGCCAUACAGGCCUUCACCAAAUGGCCUGAGGUCAUGAGGAAAGCGCAGCAAGAAAUCGAUAGUGUCAUGGGCGAAGACCGAUCUCCCGUGUGGGCCGACUAUGCACAGUUGCCAUAUGUGGCUGCAACAGUGAAGGAAGCGAUGAGGUGGAGACCAGUGGUGCCUUUGGCUUUUCCACACGCUGUGGAUGAAGAUGACUGGAUUGACGGGUACAAAAUUCCCAAGGGUUCUGUGAUCUUUAUCAACGCAUGGGGCAUGCACCACGACGAGAAGAGAUUUCCAGAUUCGAAUACAUUCGAUCCAGACCAUUACAAGGGCGUCACAGCGCUUGCUUCGGAACUGGCCCAAGCCACCAACCCAGACGACAGGGACCAUUAUGGCUACGGCUCCGGAAGACGUCUGUGCCCAGGCAUCCAUCUCGCGGAGAGGAACUUAUUCCUUGCCAUUUCAAAGCUGUUGUGGGCAUUUGAAUUUGCGCCUGGGAAGGACAAGGAUGGAAACCCGAUCAUCCCCGACACCGACCCGACCACGGGCUAUAGUGAAGGAUUCCUGGUGUGUGCGAAACCCUACGCUUUGGAGGUCAAGCCAAGAUCUGAGGCAAGACGGGAGACUAUCCUGAGGGAAUAUCAAGAGGCCAAGCGGGAUGUUUUUUCAGCAUUCGAUAACUGA